CUUGUGCCGUGAUUCGGUUCGCGAGUGUGCGACACAAUAUCGUUUCAAAUGAAUGUAUAUCGAUGUAUGUGUGGUAGGAGAUCGCGGUAUUCCAAUUGAUUUGCAUCGAAGCGUAGAUACGACACGAUUGAACGAUGAAAGGUGAACUGUACGAGAAUCGUGUGUUCGGGAAGAAUAUGUUCCGCGAGAAGUUUACUUUACUGGAGUGAAUCGAAAUUGUGGUUCCCGGUGGUUCGAGAAGUGACGAUUGAAAUGUGAUAAUAGGAAAUAUAACGACAAAGUUCCGCGAAAGAGUAAUAUGCACUUGGAAACGUUGAGAAAAUGUUCGACAAAGGAGGUUCCUAGGAAGAAAAGGUCGGGAACGAAGAAGCACAUUCUGGAGACGAUCGCUUCCUCGGUGAUGAAGAUAGAAGGCACAUCGUGAAAUUUGUGGUGAUACCGAGUAUGGUAAGGAUGAACUCGUGGCCGUGGGUAAGACGGAGAUGACCACUAGAUCCGUGCCUCGUCCUGAAGACGAAGACGAGGAGGACGAGGAAGAAGAGGAAGAAGAGGAAGAGGAGGAGGAGGAAGAGGAGGAAGUUGACAAGGAGGCUCGUUCGAGUCUACGAUAUCACUGCCACUGAUAUCCACUCUCUCGUCGCAUCGAUGCCGACCCCUGCGUCCAUUGAUAGAGGAAUGGGGAGCGUCGUAGGCAGCAACGUAAACGUAAGCAACGUAACGACGAGGAGGAUGGACUCGACGACGUUCCUGCCGGAAGCGACGCCGACCCUCAGCGAGCGAGAUCAACUCAAAAUUGAAUUCUACAAAACAUACGAUGUUAUGACCGGGGUCAGAAUCGCGGCGACUCUCGGUGGUUUUUUCGGUCUUAUGAUCCUCCUGCUUGUUUAUAAAAGCAGGUGUAAAUCGAGCAAGCAGUUGGACGAUCCAAGACUGACCGCAGCAGCAGCCGCAGCGGUAGCUGAGGCAGAAGCCGAGGAAAGAGCCCUCGUAGCCGCCCUCGAAGCCAUCGCCAGAUUACCACCUAGACCAGAUCGAGGCCCCAGAAGGUCUCUUUGCGUCGAGGUGAGUCAAUCUCAUUCUCCAAGAAUCGGACCGCGUUUCGCGUCGGUCGGUGGUGGCUACGAGGCUCUGUUGACGGCACCAACAAAGCAGCCAAAUUUGGCGCCACCCGAGGAGCAGAGAAGAUGCAGCUCGGUGACCUGCAGCAGCACUGGAAGUAGUUAUCUCGAAAGGAGAGGGUCUGCGAUGCCGGUACCAUGUCUGCCGCUUCAUCCUACGUUUUCAACGAAACACGCUGCCCACGACGAACCCUGGGACCUUUAUUAUCCCAUCGAUAUUCAGGUAAUCCAACCAACCCCAGAGCUUUCUCCAUGUACGAGCGAGGCGGUUCUUUACGCGAACGAAGUCUUGCUCGCUGGAACUGCCGGUAAAAGAGCGCCGUUGGCUUCCAUGGGCAGUGUCGAUCCUCCGGAACCAGACUCAAGGUCACUGGGUUCCGACUCGGUCUUCCUGAGAAACGACGAGCAAGAAGACGAGUGUCUCGACACGGAGGACGAGGUGUCCGGGUUCUCGACCGACUCGGAAGCACCUGGGCCCAGCUGUCGACGGUUCCUUCGUGUUCCAUCGAAGAAGAAGGAAGCCGUCGAGAAGUGGGACGGUUGCGCUGGGUGUGUUCCUAGACGACGACUGGGGGGGAAACCUUGCCAAGGUUGCCACAGUAUCAGCGCGACUGUUGAAACUUCCAGGUCUCAAACAGUUUCGACGAGCACCAGCAGCCAAAGUAGCCUCGGUUCUCCGCCAUGUUCACCAGCCAUCGAGCUCAGGCACAGACCACCGCCGGCGCCAUUACCAUCGAGUCCACCCGUCUGGUCCCAAGAAACGCUCUUUUAGUUGUUUAAAUAUUUAUCAGGAAGCUUUCAGGGAAAGGGCUAGUAAUCGCACAAAAAGCAUCCCUUUCGAAGAGAGACGAGGAACUUGUAAACGAUCGUUGGCGAAUUUUGUGUAGGGUCGCCACGUUAACGAAUUAGCAACAGGAAGAACGAAGAAAUGACGAACGAAAGGGGGGAAAGAGACUAGAAUCGGAUAAAUUGUAACCCGGAAUCGCUGAGUAGAGAAGCAAUUAUAAAAAACGGAGUAAUCGGAAAUCAAAUAUUCGUUGAAACGAAAAGCUGUCGUUGCGCGAAAAGCAAUCCUAAGAGAGGAAAAUAAUGUGCAGCAAGAAACACUCAAAAUGGUGGAAACGAUGGGAAAUAUGAAACCUUUUGGAACUCAGAAGAGCAAAAAAGAGUUUCCAGAAGCGUAAUUAGGUAUAGAAAAUAAUAGAAGACGUACGAAAUAUUGAAAAUUUAAUGGUGCAGAUACGUAACAGGGGAAAAAACUAUUCGUAUUUAGUCCAGUUCUCGCAUAAAGAACGAUAAGAAGCGACGUUGAAGAAAAAAAUAUAAGUGUGUAAUGUAUCGUAAACUUUUGCAGGGGGAAAAAAAUGGAAAGGGAAACGUAGUUGACCGGUGGGUAGAAUGAAGAAAAUGCCAAAAAUGUUUGUAUAGUAACUUCUAAGAUGCAAGAGAGAAAAAAAAAGAGGGAAAUAAAAGUUAACAGACUAAAUAAUCAUUAAACGAACUGUUGUAAAAAGAACAAAAAACCGUUAGCGUACCAUAGUUAUACUGUAAAUAACAACCAAAAGAAGAAAAUAAACCUUACUUUAUUUCGUGUUCGCGAAAAGCCGAAGAGACGUACGUAUUAUGUUUGUAUCGCGUUAGAGGAAAAAUCAAAACAUUUAAAAAAAAAGACGUUGAUCUAGCUGUGCGUGUAAAGAAAAAUUAUACAUGAAAGAUACUUCGUCUUCUCGUUAUGCGACUUUUUUUUUUUGUACUAUGAUGUAUCUAUGUAUGUACGUACGAUAUGCGCAAUUAAAGGUAAAAUUAGAUUCGUGGAGUCGGAAACUUAAAGAGAAAUAAAAAAAAAAAAAAAUAUGAUACUACGAAACUCAACGACGUUGAAAAUGAAAUUAUCACGAACGGAAAACGGUUAUUUGAUUAGAUCGAUUCCAGAUGUUUCGAAUUUAGUUAGGAUUUCACGGCGCCUCGCAGUUUAUCGGAGGUGUCCAGCUUCGUUAGUACAGACAAAAAAUCAGUUCUCUUCCAAUCUAUCGAAAUAAAACGACAUGUCUCGACAUUCUACAGAGCUUUUUUUUUCCGUAUAGUUUUGUGAAUCCUUUAACAUUCUCGCGCUUGAUUAAUUUAUUAAAUUAACGACGCUUCGAUGACUGCCAAUCAAAAAGCAGAAAUCCUUCGUGUACGUGUGCGUGUCUCUUGUCUGUAUGUGUGCGCGUGUGUGUGUAUGAACGUGCGCACGCACUCGUGUUUAGAAAACUAGAAAAAAUCGAAGCGAAAUAUUAAUAGAGUUGUACAUUUUUUCCAUUGAUCGGGACGCGUUUACCGAUUUCCAAUUUUUUAAACGCGGAGCGGCUCGAUAGCCGUGGAUCAUAUUUUUCGAAAUUUAUCGCGGACGAACGUUGUUUUUUCUAUACGUAUUUUCAUACGUCGAGCGCAAAUUCUUAUCGAUGAUAAUAGUUCUACGCCGACGUGUUCCUUUUUAGUAUCGUUUCACGUAUUGCGAAACUUUCUUUAACACCGUAUCCCGAUAUUAAUUGACGACGUUUGCAUUUUUAUAUUAACGAACACCGGAAAACGAAAUCUGCAUAAACGCGUCCCCGAUUACAUGUUUAAUAAUCACGUUACAACGCGACAUACUUCUCUCGGUGCCUUUCCGCCGGAUUUUCUUCCAUUGUCAUUUAGAUAAAUAUCAUCGCAGAAACGUCAUGACAAACCGAACAAAAACGACGAUUGUAAACGACGUUGUUUAUAGAAGAAUUUUAAUCGGCGACAACGACGAUCGUAGCGAUGAUCGUUGUCGUGAUUAUAACAAAACAAAAGAAAGUUAUUCUCCUCCGUAACGGGCAAAAUGAAAAAAAAAAAUCAUAAUUUAUGAUUUAACAAAUAGACAAAUACAAAUGUCGAAAGAUGAAUAAUCGAAGAAGAAAAGUUAUUAUAUGAAG